UAUUAAUAAUUAUUUAUUCAUAAAAAGAAAAAAAUCGUAAAAAAUUAAAUGGCAAAACAUCAUCCAGAUUUAAUAAUGUGUAGAAAAUAACCAGGUAUAUCUAUAGGAAGAUUAUGCGAAAAAUGUGACGGAAAAUGUGUUAUUUGUGAUUCAUAUGUACGCCCAUGUGGUUUAGUAAAAGUUUGCGAUGAAUGUAAUUAUGGAUCAUUUUAAGGAAGAUGUGUAAUUUGUGGAGGUACAGGAAUAUCAGAUGCUUAUUAUUGUAAAGAAUGUGUAUAAUUAGAAAAAGAUAGGGAUGGAUGCCCAAAAAUUAUAAAUUUAGGUUCAGCUAAAACGGAUUUGUUUUACGAAAGGAAAAAAUAUGGUUUUAAAAAGCGGUGAAUAAUAAUAACG